AUGCACGCGUUUGAAGGCAUCGUGGGUGACGCCGGUCAGUUCUAUGAGGUGGUAGAGGCUACUCAAGCCAUCCAGGAAGCUACGGAACUCCUCCACAUCUUCACUUGUUCAAGCCCUCAGCGGUCGCAGCGAGCGUGGUACUUGGAGGGCAGGAAAGACGUUGGAAACAAAAUGUAUGUAGACGACAUUUGCUUGAUCAGCCGUGUGUAUUGUGCACAUUGCAUGACCUAUGCCGUCAAAUCCAUUUACACCGUACCUUUCGAUUUCUCCUCAGAUGACGAUCGCAAGCUUGUUUGGUUGGACAAGAAGAUCUUUUUGACCUCUGCGGAGCUCGGCCUGAACACCAAGAAUUUACAUCCAUCCCCACCAUGGUAUGCCAACAGUUCGUAUGUCCGCAACGUGUUACUUGGAAAGUUUCGCGGCUGGGUCGAGAUUGGUCCGGUCCAAGCCGAAUGGCAUCGUGCCCUUUUGAGUGUAUUUUAUGAGUUUAAGCAACGCGGUUGGAAUUACAAAUCAGUCCUUUCGGUCCUGCGCAGCAUCUACAAAGAUGAUUACAAACAGUAUGCAAUUUUCGGAAUUUUCGCUUGGAGAUUCAUGCGCAACACAACGUAA